ACAACUACCUCUUAUAACGAAUCACAAGUCCCACUCACGCGUUUCUUCGCUCGAAAAACAGGGUCGCGCUUUGAGCGCCCGCCACUAACCAAUUUGCACGACAACUCUCUGGUUCCUGUCCUCGACUCACUGUCAGGGCAAGAUUGAGCUCACUUCCGACUUUGAAGAAUUAAAUCCGUGGCAGUGGGAGAUGUCUAUGCUCAGCUACUCCCGCCGUCACCGCUCGCUGCUCUGGUACCGCAGUGCACAACGAGCCCUGGCGCGGCGCCAACAGCGCCAACUUCAACAGCAGCCGCAGACCAGGAUCAAACGCGCUUCUAUCCCCAGCAGAAUGUUGGCUAAGCCCACCACCUCCAGCGCCGUCGUGGCGCUGGCCAAACAGGCCCGUUCCAUGGAUUCACUUUCCAAUACGACGGCUAUCCACUCGGCUACCACUGCACCAGACUCUUCGUCGCUUGUGGGAGCGGUGUCAGCAUUAACCGCGACCGCAGUUUCUUCGAGCGAGGAUAGCACAAAUACAACAGCAGCACUGGUGACUCCCCAAAUUUCCCAGCCGGCGGAUACCAUGAUGGCUAUGGAUUCCGCGAAAGAGGUCACCAGCGCCAUUUCGCUGGAGCAGUCCGCGAACCGCUCGGACAAACCGCAACCACAGGGAUCAUCAUGGAGCGCCAUGCUUAUCGCUUUGUUCGCAAUGAUUCAACCGGAGUGGACAAAGGAGAAGCUGGAACUCGGCGAAAUCCCGCUGGAGGAUAUCCCCAUUACGUCGGUACCGCCACAGGUCUCGGAAGUUCUACCCAGCAGGGACAUAGCCCUGUUUUGGCGCUACGAUAUGGACAGCUAUGCAGCGAACCGCAAGAAUGAAGACAGAUCACAGUACGUGCUGGAUUCAAUCGUGCGUCCCGGCAGAUGCACUGAAACUCCCUUAUUCUUUUGCGGGUGCUAUGACGGCCACGGCGGCGAAGAGGCGGUCGACUAUGUCCAGAAGAAGCUGUAUGAUAACAUCCGUGCUCACUUGACUAAGAACGACGAGCCAGUGGCGCACUCCAUCAUUAUGGGGUUUAAGGAUACGGAGGAGGAGUUCAAGCGCCGUAGCCAGGUCAAGUUUGAACAGGGGUCGUGGUCGUCAUGUUCGGUAGGUGCAUGCGCAGUGAUGGCUCUAAUCAUCGAGAAGAAGCUGUACGUUGCGAGCUGCGGCGAUUGUCGCGCCAUCAUGGCGUAUCGCGAGUCCGACGGAACCCUCAGCGUGGAACAAAUUACAUUUGACCAUUCCGCAAACGAAGAGCGAGAACAGCACCGCCUGCGUGCGUUAUACCCAGAGGACUACGACAUUAUUUGCGAAAUCGGACAGAAGAACUUCUACGUCAAAGGUCGACUUCAGCCCACUCGCUCCAUUGGAGAUACAUACAUGAAGGUGAAGGAUGUGAACCGCUAUCCCAUGCCACGCGGCCUGCGCAUCCGAGGCAGUUUUCGUCGACCCUACAUUUCUGCUGUCCCAGACAUUUUCCAGGUCGACCUUCAGAAUCGAAAGCCAGAGUUUGUCGUACUGGGGUCGGAUGGACUCUUCGGUGAGCUGAAGAACGAGGAGAUCGUGCAGCUCGUGGAUCAGUUCCGGGACCAGGGCGUGCAGAAUGUAAGCCAGGCGCUACGCGAAGCUGUGCUGGAGCGCAUCGCCGAGAUCUACGGCACGAGCGCGGCGGACUUGGAGAACGUGCUCCCUGGACACAGGCGAGACUACCACGACGACAUCACAAUCGACGUGCUACAUUUCACCCCGCCGCACGCUUCAACACAGGCAAUGGCGGCAUGAACAUUGGAUGUUGGAUGUUGUUGCGAACUACUACGUCGGUACAGGGCGCAAUAUCCCGGAUUUUCGGUGUGCUCUUUGACGUGGAUCUCGCCAUGUAUUUAUUGGUAUGCAGUAUUGCGAGCCCGCAUAGUAAUAGCGAACACUAAGCAAAAUGUAUGAUUGGGGCUACAUGGUACACUUCAACUUUUUUAAUACCAUCAACUCGAAG